AUGCCAGCUCCAGCUUUGGCUGUGCGGCAGUUCACAUUUAGUCACGAGAUCUCGUGUGCAGAUGACCCAAGCGGCAGCGACAAACAUGACGCCUACGAGGCCACGCGGGUGAUUCCGAUUGUCUCGAUCACUGUGCAGGUGUUGUCCUUCGACCGCCGCUGCUUCUGGGUGCAUCUAUCGGAGUCAAGGGAGAGCAGCGAGGCACCGCCACCAGCAUUUGGCCCAUGCGCUGUUGCCUUUGACGGCGUGGCGGCGGAUGCCACCUCCUCCAUCCUUUUUGAUGACGCUCCGCAGGCGUCUCACGAGCAACUGGGAGAGUCAGGCGUGGGGGCACCGAACCCACAUGCGGUUUUGGCGCAGAGCCUUGCGCAACGCCUUGCACGUCGCUUGCGGAAGGAGUGUGAGUCCCCGGGCGUUGCUGUUUACGUUGCAUGCGGUUUUGCUGGGGAAAAGACGGAGCUGUGGGGAACACCAGCGGGGUCCUCCUUCGAUGUCACGAUGCGGUUUGGAGCCGCCCUUUUUUCUCAUCUGCUGGAGCUUAUCCGUGAGGAGAUUUUGUGUGAUCCCAAGGCAUAA